GUACACUGGAGUCUAGUGCGCGUCUGAUGAGCACUAGAUAGAGGUUCGGAAGGAACUUGUGAUCAGAUUUGUUCAUUCGUACAAUUAUUUCCAGUCCUCUUUUGUUGAGGCUCACGAGAGAUCAAUGACGACUAACGUUGCCCUUUCUCUCAUGCUUGCCCACGUGUGCUGGGUACACUGUAGUGGUCAAAGUGAUUACUCCAGGAUACCUACGAAAGACCAAAAGUAUAUGGAAGAUGCCCGCCGGCUGCUCGAGGGGCGGGCAAAACUCUUCCUAGAGAGAGGUGUGAAUGGAAUAAUAGACAAAAAUAAACGCAUCUGUUGGACCUCCAAACGUAUGGUGCCUUCGUCACUUGGAUAUCAUCACACUUUACAGUUCUUUGACAGGGGGGGAAAAGGAAGCGAGCGCAAGCAAAAAAGGGAUACCUACUGGUACGUGGGGUUGAAGGACAGUAUUCCGUCAGUUUUGGUGAAUGCUUACGAUAAAAGAAAACUUGAUCCGGAAGUCAGCGGCGAUUACAUCCUCUAUUUUGCUCGUCCAACAUGCUUCCUCGUGGGGAACGAGACAGGUAAGAAAGCAAAGACAAAGUUACCGAAGAGUAGCCGUAUACGAAACGUCUUAAUAUUUCUGCUCAAGCCCCAACAAGUCGAAAUGAUUCUUCGGAGGUAUAUUCAGAUCGGUCAACAUGCCAGCUGUGGUAUCGAAUACGAGCCGAUUGGGAAGACCAGGAAGAAUGCAUGGCUGCCUUUUUCAGGGAAUGCAGUAAAAUAAGCGGUACAUAUUACAGAUACAGAAAGGGUGUGUGUAAUUCUUAUAACAAAUAAAAACUCAAAAUUGUUU